AUGAAGUGUAUUGCUGUAAUUAUGACCUUGUUAAUUGCUGCUUAUGCAGAAAAAAAGUGCAACCUAGUAUGCACAAAGAUUUGGGCACCAGUUUGUGGUCACGAUGGAAAAACAUACGCCAGUGAAUGUACGUUAAAAUCCGAAUCUUGCGAUAGUCAGAAACCCAUUGUUAAAGUGUAUAAUGGCAAAUGUAACCCUAAAGGUGACUGCAAAUUUGCUUGCAACAGAAUGUAUGCUCCAGUUUGCGGUAGCGACAAAAAGCUUUACUCGAACGAGUGUCUUUUGAGACAAGCUGCAUGCGAACAAAGAAAAGCCAUUACAGUCGUUCAAAAUGUUGGCGAAAACAAUGAUUGCAGUUCAUGUUCCAUUCCAUGUACAAGAGAAUAUAAUCCAGUAUGCGGAUCAGAUGGAAAAACCUACUCCACAGAAUGCGUUAUGAGAAGCUCUGCAUGCCAGUACGAAAAGGCUAUCAUUGCUGUUCACAAUGGACCAUGUAAAGCUGAGUAA